AAAAAAAAAAAAAAAAAAAAAAAAAAGCAAACGCCGAGAAAUCCAGCCUGUCUCCGGCUGUGGCCAUUUUUCUUCAAUCAUAAUUUGAUUUGUGGACUCUGAAGCCUGAGAGAGACCGAGGGGGGGGGGGAAGAGAAGCACCCGUCCCUUCCACCCCCACCUCCUAUUUGCCUGAGCCAUAGGGAAAGGCUUCACACACACACACACACACACACACACGCGGAUGAAAAGCAGCACACUGGGCUAGGCCGCAAGUCAUUAGUUCUUGGUGGGCAAGCACUGACAAAAGGCUCGGGGAGAGACGCCCGCAUGAGUGCCUGGAGAGCAACCACAGGGACUAUGGAGGGCUGAGCAGACGGACACUCUCCUGCUUACUUGAUUUUUGUUUUGUUUUUUGUGUUGUUGUUUUGGGAAGGAAGCAACGCGGAGGAUAUCGUCACAACCGAGCACUCGUGCUACAACAAGCAGGGAAGCGAGAGAGAUCACUUCCUUGUGUCGAGGAUCUACUUGUGCAUUUUGGAGGCGAGAGCAGGAGGUCCACGUCGCCUCGUCUGCAGCCGGCGGUGCCUCAAAGAAGAAGAAGGAGGAGAAGAAGAAGGAGAAGCGCACGACCACAUGAAAGUGAUGUUGUUGUUGUGUGGACAUCAACUUGUUUUUGCGUGACGUGCGAUGUCUUCUUUGUGGGUCACAAUGCUGCUGCCGCGGGCAGGAUUACAGCAGAAUAGGAGAGCCGUGUCUGCGCUCUCUGCCUCGCUGGAUGGAAGGAAGAUCUAGAGCGAGAAAAGGUUUUAUUUUCCCGGUGAGGGGGAGAAGCCAUAGACACACAGCACAUUGACGUCGAGGUUCCCUGGCUGGAGGGCGAGACCGCUCGACCGAGAAGGCUGCUUCUUCGACAGGAAUCUGUCUGAAGGAAAAAAAAAGGACAAAACAACACACGGAGGCUACGAGCUGGAGAAGAAAAGAAGAACAAAAAGAGGGAAUUGAAAUCCACAGGCAUGCAACACUAAAAAGUUGCCACACCGAGACUGUUUCCAGGUCAUAGUGGAGUGGGAGGAGACUGAUCGGCUCUUGUUUUUUUUUAUAUGCCAAACACCCUCCUCUUAAAUGCUGAGCCUUUUUUCUUUACCAUUGACACAUUGUUUAGCUUGAGGACUUUUUUCCCCCCAAGUUUUGACAUUGUGUGCUCAAAAGAUUUGAUUACCAAGUGAGGGCAGAACAUACUGACUCUCUCCAGGUGAGGGCAAACACACUCCGGACUUUCUGAUAUUUAUGUACCUUGACAGCAGCCAGACAAUCUUGGCUGCCUGUCCGUGUUUCCUCCGCCGUGGUUCGGUAACCAAGCGAUGGCCAUGGUGAGUGGGGGCUGGGGAGAUCCCAAUGGGGGCACCAACGGGCUGGGGGACAAGAGCUACCUGAAGGGGGAGGAAGAAGACAGAUCUCCCCAGGCGGGAGGGAGCGACAUGGAGGCCGGAGACGACGACAAGUCUUGCGUGGUGGACUGCGUGGUGUGCGGGGACAAGUCCAGUGGGAAACAUUACGGCGUCUUCACGUGCGAGGGCUGCAAGAGCUUCUUCAAGAGGAGCGUCAGACGCAACCUCAGCUACACUUGCAGGUCGAACAGAGAGUGUCAGAUUGACCAGCACCACAGGAACCAGUGCCAGUACUGCCGACUGAAGAAGUGUUUCCGUGUUGGCAUGCGCAAAGAAGCAGUUCAACGCGGUCGCAUCCCACCUCAGCCGAGCCUCAGCCCAUCCAUCACGCCAAUAGGUGGCGCCAGCGGCCUUGGAGGCGCCGACUUCUAUAACAACAACAACAACAACGGAGGAAGCGGCGGAGGUCAGCCGGUGUCGGAGCUCAUUUCCCAGCUGCUGCGUGCCGAACCGUACCCCAGCAGUCGGUUUGGACACCAGUACAACCAACAGGCCAGUCCGGAUAACGCCAUGGGGAUCGAUAACAUCUGUGAACUGGCUGCCAGGCUGCUCUUCAGCACCGUGGAGUGGGCCAGAAGCAUCCCUUAUUUCCCCGAGCUGCCUGUGUCAGAUCAGGUGGCCCUGCUGAGGCUGAGCUGGAGCGAGCUGUUCAUCCUCAACGCGGCCCAGUCGGCCCUGCCGCUCCACAUGGCUCCCUUGUUGGCCGCGGCCGGCUUCCACUCCUCGCCCAUGUCUGCGGAGCGUGUGGUGUCCUUCAUGGACCAGGUGAGGGUGUUCCAGGACCAGGUGGACAAGCUGACCCGGCUGCAGGUGGACUCGGCUGAGUACAGCUGUCUCAAGGCCAUUGCGCUCUUCUCACCAGAUGCCUGUGGUCUAACAGACCCAGUCCAUGUGGAGUCUCUGCAGGAGAAGGCUCAGGUGGCUCUGACGGAGUACGAGAGGAUGCAGUACCCGAGUCAGCCUCAGCGAUUCGGACGCCUGCUCCUGCGCCUCCCCGCCCUGCGCGCCGUUCCCGCCAGCCUCAUCUCGCAGCUCUUUUUCAUGCGCCUGGUAGGAAAGACACCCAUCGAGACGCUGAUCCGUGACAUGCAGCUCUCCGGAAGCUCAAUCAGCUGGCCGUACGUCCCAGGACAGUAGCCCCCUUACGGACGAGGUCUCCGUCUGGGAUAAGUGACUCCUGACUCAUCACUAUCCAUCUGUGUGGUUAACAAACUGCAGUGCCAGCUGGCCGUCAUAUGUACUGUACUGUAACCGCUCUAUUCCCCCUCAUGAAACGAGCCCUCUGUCUCCACACGGGCCUCCAGUGAAGAGAGGAGCCAGUGCCAGGCUGGAUAUGUCUUGUUGCCAGCCCAGUCGUUCUGGUGCCAGGUCUCCGGCCAGAGAAUAGCUUUUCAUGCUGGGCUCCGAUAUGGCCACCACAGCCAGUCAUGUCACCACCCACAUGCCAUAGUGACUAAAGACGCUGCAGUUUCAUGUAGAGGGCAGCAGCACCCUGCUACAAAAACAUCGAGAGGACAAAACUGUCCCGCCGCUGAAAGUCAGCAGAACAUUUUCCCCCACACCGGGCUCAUUUUCCAUGGCUCAACAUUUGUGGUACAGUGACCUUUUUAUUCACACGACUGAUAACAUGACAAUACGGUAGCAUGAUUAGAAUGGAUCUAAUUGUGGUGAACUGAAUAGAAGACAAAGUAAAGGCUUCAUUGAAUUCAGCGCUCUCAUGGCUCAGCACUGUGGAAGAAGCCAAGGAGCCAAUCACAUGGAACAGAACGAAGACAAAACCAAGGAAAAAAAAAAAAAAAAAAAAUCACCAAAGUCUAUCAUAUCAUCCUCGGAGAUGUUUUUUUAAAUAGAAUAAUUAGCAGAGAGACAAAGAGACAGACGGACUCUUGUGACUGCCUGACCAUCAAGUGAACAAUGCAUUUAAAUUCAUUCACAGGGCUCACUGUUGUUACAUGAGUGGAGUAAUACCUCAGUAGACAUCAGAAUGCUUCAGUCUGAUAUUUCCUAAACACAAACCUCUGUAAAUGUUGUUCACCAGAAACCGCCUUCUUUUUGACAACUGUCUUGUUAUUCAUUAUGAAUUUGGAACGCAUAUAAAAUAUGAAAUGAGCAUCACAGACAUUCGUCUAGUAUCUUUUUAAAAAAGAUUCCCCAAAGUGAUUUUCACUCUUGUGUUUGGAAUAUGAGUUUUGACUGACUGAAUAAGGUGGAUUCAGCUAUCAUGCAUUGUUUGGAUACAUUUUUUUAUUAUUAUUAUUGAGAAACGGCAGGCUGACAUUAACUAAACAAACAACUCAAGAUGUAAGAAUUAGUUACAGUUGGUGGUGAGAGUUUAUAACCAACACACUACUAAUUAAAUACCAGUUUAUGGCGACCAUUGCUGUUUCUGGGGGUCAUGACCUCUUGGAAAAUGUAUUGAAAUGUAUAUAUAUUGAGGCCAACUUUGUCUUUUUGCAUGUUCAAAUGUUGUUUUGGAUCUCUGCUAAGUGGAGACUGUUUCAUUAUUUUACAUUAUGUAAUUCAAGGUUCAUUUAAACAUUUAAAUAUUGCUUUCACUGUUAGCUCCUAAAUGUUUUGUUUUUUUCUCUAUGUAUUUACAUGAAAAUACCUCUGUCAUCUGUUUAGAUGUCAAAAAAAGAAGCUUAUCUUCAUGCCAUGUCAGCUGGUAUGACAGAGAGAUGCUCUGAGUGAGUCUCUACUGUUGCGAAUGAUGUGAGACGAUACCGUAACAGAUGAAAGUCUGGUGGAAAAACUGCACUUGGAGGAUAUUCAAUGCCAAAACAUUACACUAUCUGUGACAAGUUGAAAGGGGAAGGGCCCUACAUUCGCUGGUCCACCAGGAUUUACCUCAAGAAGGUAUUUCAAGAGGCGAGUUUACAAAAUCACAGUAAAAUAUUUGAUAGGAAAGAAUGAAAUCAACUCCAAAUACAACAUGUUUUAGCAUUUAGUGUUUUCAAACGCAAAGUGGAAGGAUGAAGCUCUGCUUCGUGAUCUGCCGCCGGGCCUUUUGAAAGUUGUUUGGAUUUUCUUCCUUUAGGCAACGACUCACACAAUUUUGUCAUCGAGGAAAAAAAAAAAAAAAAAGAUAGAUAAUGCUAUUAAUGUUUUCUUAUCUUUGUGUUACUGAGUUCUUACGUUUUUGAAAUUUCUUGUGUAUGGCAACGUUAUUAAAAGAAUCGGAAGAUGA